AUGAAGACUGCUUUAAUUUUGCUCAGCAUUUUGGGAAUGACCUGUGCUUUCUCAAUGAAAAAUACGCAUCGAAGAGCCAAAUUAGAGGAUUCUGAAGAAAAUGGGGUCUUUAAGUACCGGCCACGAUAUUCUCUUUACAAGCAUGCCUACUUUUAUCCUCCUCUAAAACGAUUUCCAGUUCAGAGCAGUAGUGACUCAUCUGAGGAAGAUGGAAAUGGUGACAGCUCAGAAGAGGAGGAAGAAGAGGAGAAUUCAAAUGAAGAAGAAAACAAUGAGGAGAAUGCAAAUUCUGAUGAAAACGAAGAUGAAGAAUCUGAGGCUGAGAACACCACCCUUUCCACCACACCUGGCUAUGGAGAGGAGACCACACCUGGAACAGGGUAUAUAGGUCUAGCUGCAAUGCAACUUCCCAAGAAGGCUGGGGAUAGAGGACACAAGGCUACAAAAGAGGAGGAGAGUGAUGAAGAAGAAGAGGAAGAUGAAGAAAAUGAAGCAGAAGUGGAUGAAAACGGGCAAGGCAUAAAUGGCACCAGCAGCAACAGCACAGAGGCAGAAAAUGGCAAUGGCAGCAGUGACGGAGACAAUGGAGAAGGAGGUGAAGAAGAAAGUGUCACUGAAGCCCACGCAGAAGGAACCACAGUGGCUGGAAAGCAGGACAGUGGUGGCUCGAAGACAACAACCUCUCCAGAUGGUGGGUUUGAACCCACGACUCCACCACCAGAGCUCUACGGGACUACCACCCGACCGUCUGGGGAAGCCACCCCCACCGGGUAUGAGGGAGAGUACGAACAAACAGGCACUAAUGAAUACGACAGUGGGUAUGAAGUCUAUGACAAUGAAAAUGGGGCACUUCGCGGGGAUAAUUACCGAGCCUAUGAGGAUGAGUACAGCUACUACAAAGGGCACAGCUACGACGGCUCCGAGGGUCAAGAUUACUCCGACCGCCGCCAGUGA